AUGCCCGAGCCCGAGACCCGCCGCCGCAGAAGACCGGCUGUUUCGUGUACCCUGUGCAGGAAACGGAAGAUCCGCUGCAACAGGGAAUUCCCUUGUAGUAACUGCAUGCGGUCCAAGAGCGGGACUUGCAACUACGAGAGCUACCCUCCAUUGGGUCACCACAGGCCAGCUACUGAAGAGACCUCCAGCGCGCAGGACGUGCAACAACAAGAGGAAGAAGGAGAAGGAGAGAUAGAACCCCCAUCUCUAUUGAGUGGCCACUUUCUGCUAUCAUCACAGGAAGAUACUGCCAGCCCGGCCAACCUAUUAGCUGCCUCAAAGAAGGCCACGGCCUCAUUGGCAGGGGAGUCCUCAGCGGGUGCAUCAACCUUGGUUGGCCAUCCCUCGCCUCAGGACCUUCAAAACAAGAUCAAGCAACUAGAAGAGCAGCUGGCGGCAUUGAAGCCACCGGGACCCCGGACGCCUGUCAGGGAGCCACAACUCCUUCUGAAUUCAGCUGUCGGAGGUAUCCUCCACACGCUUUCAGGAGAUGUAGUUGUGCGCGCUAGCCAGCUGUUUGGCCAGGUCAAGACAACAACCUAUGGCAUAGUGCACAAGCGGCGUCUCUUUGGCCAGACGCACUGGAUGAGCAGUAUCAUUCUGCUCCGGGAGAUCAUCGAGAUGCUCGAGCCUCAUCUCUAUACGGGAGAGCUCAAGGCAGCGGACAUGGUACAGAAGUGUAAAGUUCUGGCAAGGAUCAUCAAGAAGGACCGGACGCCGUUAUGGCCGGCUAUCCCGACGACGGACCUACCUCCCAAAGAGGUAGCAGAUGAGCUAGUUGACAACUACAUGCGGACCAUCGAGAUACAGUACAGGAUCCUCCACAUCCCCACAUUCCGGAAGAUGUACGAAGCUGUGUGGGUGUCGGGUGCGGAACGCGACAAGGACUUCAUGGUGCAGCUCAACCUCGUGCUGGCUAUCGGCGCCACCACCUAUGAUGACAACUUCUCGAUGAGGACCUCUGCUAUUCGCUGGGUCUACGAGGCGCAGACAUGGCGAUCUGCUCCGCACAUGAAACAUCGACUCAAGCUACAGACGCUCCAGACCGAGAUUCUGCAGAUACUCGCCCAGGAGAUGGUUGGGGUGGAUGGAGCGUUGACGUGGAUCGGUAUAGGAUCCUUGCUCAGGACGGCCCUCUACAUGGGUCUGCAUCGAGAUCCGGCGCGGCUGUUGAAGCGUGGCGUUCUCAACGCCGAGAUGCGUCGCAGGAUCUUCAAUACCAUACUGGAACUGGUUCUCGGAACCAGCAUGACCUCGGGCGGGCCUCCUUUGAUCUCUGUGGAGGACUUCGAUACUGAUCCUCCUGGAAAUUAUGACGACGAACAGCUCCUUGAAGAUGACCCCACCCCCAAACCCAGCGAUGUGCUGACAGACACAUCUGCUGCCAUCGCACUGCGGAAGUCCUUCCCUCUUCGUCUCGGGAUCCUCAAAUACCUGAACAACACAGGGUCCCAGAAUAGUUACGAAGAGUCUCUAAAACUCGAUGCCGAGCUGAGGGAGGCGUACAAAACACUUCGAAAGGCAGUUCAGCCACCGGCCAGUUCGGAGAACGGCCUCUGCACAGUCCGGGUACUGGACCUCCUCAUGAACCGGUACCUUAUGGCGCUGCACUUUCCCUACUACAACCUCGCACUGCAGAGCAGCACGUUCGCAUAUACGAGAACGGCGCUCAUCGACGCAUCGGUCAAGGCGUGGCGCGCCGUCUUUCCCGACAGCUCGAGAGCCAGCUUUGGCGGGCCAGAAACGGCGGCAGCAGCCCGGGAGGCAAACAAGGGGCGGUCCUUCGACCUCCUCAGGCGCCUGACCGUCUGCGCCUCGGGCUUCUUCCGCACCAUCUUCCACCAGUGCGCCAUCGCCGUGGCGGCCGAGCUCGCGGCGCAGGUCCGGGAGGGCGAGAGCCUGGGCCCCGUGACGCUGCGCCCGGACCUGCUGGACAUGCUCGCCUGCGCGCGCGACUUCUUCUUCCGCGGCGUCGAGGCCGGCGACACGAGCGUCAAGGGGUACAUGGUCAUGUGCAUCGCGUCCGAGCCCGUGCGGUGCUACCUCGACGGGCGCGGGAGGGAGGAGCUGCCGCAGCGCAUACUGUGCGCCGCCGAGGAGUCGAUCGCGCGGUGCCUGCCGCUGCUGGAGGAGAGGGCCGCGGCGAUCAAGGCGCGGCCGGCAGGCGGCAGCGCGGGACUCGGGCCUGACGGCAUCGCCGAUCCGUUGGCUAUGGAGACGCCGGGGGGGACGAUGGACAACUGGGAUUUUAUGAUGCCCGGAAUGGAGAUCGAUCCAGAGAUGAACAGCGACCCGAUGAAUUGGUUGUUUGCAGACAUCGAAACAGCAGGUUCCAUGGUGUGGCAUCUUGGGCAUGCCAGGAUAUCUGAUGCCUGCUGCGCCUUGGAGCUUCAGAGGGAGCUGCACCGCCCCGCCAGCCAAAUCAUCCUCGAAUCGCAGACGAGCUUUCUGACGCAUCUCUUGCAUGCAUGGCAGAGCUUUGCUGGUGCAUUUGACCAUUCACCAGCUCGAGCCACACACACCUGCAUGCAUGCUGACAGAGGCCGCUUGAACCGCCAUCAGUUCAUCUGCUGGACAAGGCUGAGUCUCCUCAUCGUAGUCCCUUUGCAAACUUUACUCCUGGACUCAUCCUCACGGCCGGCAAUUUUGCGGUUGUCAGGUCACACUUCGUCCCGGAGACGAGAAUGCAAUUUUGAGAUGGCCGAGGUCAUCGCCCUAACUGCCAGCCUGGCCGGCAUCAUCCAACUCGCGGACUACGGCAUCAAGUUCGCCAGGGUAUUGAGCAGUCUGUCUCGCCAGAUAGGAACGACUUUCGAAGAAAUUGAACAGUUCGGUCUGGAAGUUAGAUCGUUCUCUUCCCUGGUGCUCCUCGCACAGACGUCGCUGCGCCACCAUUGCUCGGAGCACGACGAAUCUCCGAUCUUGGCAUACAUUGCAGACAAUAGUAUUCUGGAUGGCAUAUCGCGGGAGUCCGAUAUCGUGAAGCGACACGUGCGGGACGCUCGAAGGCGGGUAGCAGAAAUCAAUAGCAACACGCGCAUCCUAGCUGUCGCCAAAUGGACGUUUCACAAGAAGUCGAUCCUCGAACUCUCGCCGGAGAUGGAGAAGAUUAAGAGUAGCAUCUCGGUGAUUCUCAGCACAGUUCAGGUCGAACUGGCAGCUCUGAGCCUGACUAGGCUGCCAGCAGAUGCUACAGCUGAGCGAGAGCGGCUGCAAAGUGACCUGACGGCGCUCAAAGAAGUCAUCACCAUGCAGACAAGAGCUAUGGAGGACUUACAGCGGAAGAUCGACACGCGAGACAGGCAUAUUGAUACCCUGAUAUCAACACUCGCCCAGCAGUCCGGAGCCAGAGAUAUUCGUGUCAGUCAAGCUGCCCUGGUGGACCUGGCACGUAGUGUUGUCAAAGAUGAGACACUCCCUGGCGGUCAACCUCUGAUACCUCCUCCAAGCUCCGACAACGAAUCGGUAUCGAGCGGCAAGAGACCUCCAUCCCCACCGCUCAAGAAAGCUGCAGUGGCAAGUUCAACAGCAUCGACAGCUUCAACCCACCUGACCACUCCGUCGGAUAUCUCGGAUCAGCGACACCGAAGAAUUGCGCCUGCACGUACUUGGCGGUCCAUGUCUUCCGAAUCGACCCGAAGCAAUGUCAGCUACGUCGCAGUGACGGACACCGCUUCGCUGUUGACACUUCCCCUUCAUCAACUAGCUGGUUUGCAGGUUGUCAAAGGCUUCGUUGUUCUACCGCGGCAGGUUCCCAGGAAUGUUACCGCUCGGGUUGAUCCCCUUAUGAAAACGAGCAUUGUCUCUAGUGCAAUGGCAGACGAACUAGGGUUGGAAGUCAAAUCCAUCACCGAUAUUGCAGGCAGUCCAUGGGUGCAUCUCGGACGGGAGUGGAGGGAACAGUGCUUUGGGACCGCUCGCGUGCCGUGGAGGCGCGAUACUGGCUUCAGCGGUGUCCAGAUGAUGAUAGACUGUGCCGUGUUUCAUUGGCCCGAACCGAUGUUAAUAUUCGGCUGGCCAUACCCUCAUGGCCUGGAACACAACGCUCGCUUUCAAACGACGUACUGGAGCCCUACUGUGGCAGAACUAAUGACAUGGAACGUGGCGAUGUAG